AUGACACACUGGCGCGUUCUCGCCGCUGUCGCGGCGAUGAAUUGGGGUGGUUUCUUCAUUUAUGACAUCCCAGCAUCACUGUCGACGCCGUUAUCGAAGCACCUCUCGCUUUCGGACCAUCAGUUCGCAUUCUUAGUCUCAGUCCUCUACACUGUCUACGCAAUUCCCAACACCGUCCUUCCCUUUCUCACAGGCCCGGCAGUGCAACGGUUCGGAGAGCGAGCGGUGCUCUUGACUAUUACAUCAAGCAUAAUACUCGGACAACUGCUAUUUGCUGUAGCAGUCCACACUAGGCUCGAGUUAGGAAUGAUUGCUGGCCGCGUCCUGAUAGGGAUUGGAGGAGAGGUGGUAGGUGCGGGAAGACUAGGCAGCGUCGCCAACACAGCUAUUAUCCCCCGAUUGAUCGAGCUGUACGAUGUGACAUCAGCAACCUGGAUAGCAACAGCGCUCUCCCUUGGUGGCGUAACUCUAGGCGCCAGCUAUCUCCUAAGUAUCACGAAACGCAGUUACGAUUACUCUCAGGUCGGAGAUGAGAAUAACCCCAAAUUCAUCGUUCCGCUAUCGUUCCGUCAAUACCCCUCCAGUUACUGGCUACUGGCCCUGAUCUGCUUCCUGAGCUACGGCUGCCUGAACACGUUCACCAAUUCCGCACAACGCUUUCUAGCCACGCGUUACUACCACGGAGAUCAGCGCGCAGCUGGAUCAGCUUUGAGCAACAUAUUCCUACUUUCCGCACAUGCAAUUUUCUUAACCGGUGUGAGCACCAGCCCAACCCUCCCGCUAUGUCUCCUCGGCACGGCCGACGCCCUAUUUAGCGUCUCCUUCUGGGCCAGCGUCGUGCGCAGCCUUCUCCCCUUGUCUCUUCCCACCGAAACGCAUCCCCAAAACACGCCUCUUCUAAAGACUGAGGACGGGCGCACAGAGCAGGUCUAUGUAUCAAAUACGGUCUCAGACAAUUCCGAGUCGGCCAGAGAAGGUUUUGCGGAUGAAAGAAGGGCAGGCGGGCCCGCCGUGCGUCGCAGUGAUGCAGUACGUACACUGGGCCUAGGAAUAAUGUCUAGCAUGCUAAAUACCAGCACGGCGGUUAUUCCUGUUGCCCUGGCGGUGAUGGAGAAUCUAGCUGGGCUAUUGGGACUAGAGGCUGUGUUUUUGACGCUAGCGCUGGCGGGAUUUCUGGCGACUGUGAGAUUGGCGUGGAUCUGAGACCAUGUCUGCAUCGUGCUAAACGAUCUUUGUCCUAAUGACUCACGAUGCUAUAGAUUUAUGAAGAUUUGCAGUUCGGAACAGUGAUGAUGAUGCAUGGGUGAGUAUAUGGUGUCUGGCCAUCUAACCCACCAUUCUUGGUAAUCUGGCAGACUUCGAAAGGUUCUAGAGUGGCUCUGUUUGCUUUGAGGUUUUGAUGGGUCUGAUGCUCCAAGGUUCUUGUAUAAUUUCCUAUUUGCGCCUUUUCCUCCACGCAAACUUAGCAAUGAAGUCUUCGUAAACUCAAGUA